CUCUCGUCGGGAUCCACCGCGUCGGUAACCCCGACGAAUCGGAUUGACGCGCGACCCAAACCGACCGACCGACCGACCGUUUUUGACGACCGGAGCGUUUGCUCGGCGAAGCGCUUGGUCGUUUCCCUCUUUUUUCUCUUUUCUUUCCGCGAUCGCGUACCACGGACGGCACGGACCACCGUGGCGAGCACCGUGGCGGACCACGGUCACACUCGACGCAUCUCGGGCGAAGGUACGCUCGAGGCACUCGACGGCGCGAUCACGGCGGGACGAUAAUGCCGUGGGAGUAAUAGCACGGUGGUGUUUUUCCAUAACCUAGGUCGUAAAUCGUGCGGAGAUAUGCCACCGACAAAGAAGGUGGACUUGGAUAAGUUAGCAUGGGCAUGGAUAGAAUCCAUAGAUUCGGACAAGAUCGAAAAAAUACAUUUGGAAACUGCAUAUAGGAUUGGAUUGAAGAAUUGCAAAAAUUGCAAGCGUAAUUGCACAUAUAAUCCACAAUGUCUGACAGGUUUGGGAGAAGAAAAGUAUAUGAAGUCGCAGCCAGCGGAGGUAGUGUCUUUAGAAAGUUCCUUAUCUGAAUUGCGGGAUCCAACCCAAUAUGUUGGUUUAAAGAAUCUAGGUGCUACCUGCUACGUCAAUAGCUUAAUUCAAAUGUGGUUUCACAAUGAGGACAUGAGAAGAAUAAUAUACAAAUGGGAUAUUACUGAGGAUCCAGAGGAGAAGGAGGCAUUGUACCAGUGUAAAAAAGCGGGACUAUCAUCCUAUCAUCCAGUAACCGCGGUUGGCCAAUUGCAGUACAUUUUUGCGAUGAUGCAAUUUGGCAAUCGGAGCCUCCUUGAUCCAAUCAAUCUCGCUAUUGCGUUAUCCCUGGACACCAGAACGCAGCAGGACGCUCAGGAAUUCUCCAAACUGCUGUUGUGCCAUAUUGAAGGAAAGCUGCAACAAAACUCAGAGCUGAAGCAGAUGCUGCAGAUGCUGACUCAGGGAAAAUACAGCUAUAUCAAUCGUUGCUCCACGUGCAGUACCGAGUAUCCAACGUCCACGACGUUCUAUGAAUUGGAUUUACAGCUGGCGGCAACAUUGAAGGAGGCAAUUGACAAUUAUUUGUCGGAGGAACAGCUAACAGGGGCGAACCAAUAUCAUUGUGUUACUUGCAAUGAUAAAAAGGAUGCCAGGCGGUUUAUACGAUUGGAGUCUCUCCCAGAGACUUUAAAUAUUCAGCUAAUGCGCUUUGUAUUCCAUAGAGAUUCCGGACAGAAAAAGAAGUUGAAUUCGUAUAUUCAGUUCCCCGAAGACCUCGAUAUGUCGGAAUAUAUUAGGUGUUCGCCACAAACUCAUAUGUACGGCCUCGUGGCCGUAUUGAGCCACAAAGGUCCAUCUGCACAUUCUGGGCAUUACAUUGCGAAUAUUUGUAAUUCAAGCGGGGAGUGGUAUCAGUUUAGCGAUGAUAAGGUUGAAAAAAUGCAUAAUAAACGAAUCGAGGAUAGCGUAAAUGAUAAACCAAUGAAACGUGGACGCGUUCCAAAAGGAUUCUUAUCGUCCAAUACAGCUUACAUGUUGGUUUACAAAAAGUUAACCGCAGAUGGGCGAACCAAUGUUACGAAAAAAGUGAAAUUGAAGAAAUCUGAUACCGAGGUAUCCUGUGAUACUAUUUGCCUCGAGACGCUUACAGUUAGAGAAAAAUCGGAUACUCUAGACGAAACAAAACAGAAGCAUGAUAUUGAAGAUACAUCAUUACCUCAAGAAGAAAACUUAAUAAUUCAAAAAGAAAAAGAGAUAUCAACAUUAGAUUCGGAGAAUAUAACAGAAAAAGAAAUAUGUACGAUAUCUCAAAAGACUGAUACACUUACUGUGGAUGAAACUACAGAAAUUGUCGCUAGCACAAAUGGAUGUAAAGACACACACGAUUCUACCGUGGAACAAUUACAGAAUAAGGAACAGAAUAAGCCUCAUUGUUUAAAGCAGCCGGUAGUGAAAGUAAUUAAACUUGAUUAUAAACGACUGAAUGGUGAUGCACACAGAGCAAUGAGUUGCGGAGAACGUGAUUUUACGAAGAAGAUGGAAUUUGAGAAUUGGCAAGUAAGUAGCACGAUGCGUGAGCUUGUCAGACAAGAAAAUGUUAAACAUGAAUUAAGUUUGUUAGCUGCACAGCAAGAAAAACAAAAAGAAAUUGAGGAUCAAAAUUCUAAACGACAACUUGUAAUAGAUGUAUAUAAUAUAAUCCAAUCAACAGUAUCUUGGAAUAAUUAUUAUUGGAUACCAACCGAUUGGCUAUCGAAAUGGUUAAAUGGGCAUUCCUCUGCACUCGACGUCCGUCCAAUCGACAAUUCCAGUUUUAUGUGCUUGCACAAUCGACUCGAUCCAUUGAAAGUUAGUCGUAUGAAAUGCGUGCCAGAGUUAGCAGCUCAAAUGCUUUAUGAUCAAUAUCAAGGAAGCCCGCGAUUAGACCAGACAUCUUUGUGUGAAAUUUGUGUGAAACAACGCUGCAAAUUAUUGCGUUUUAAAUUAACACUUGAACGAGAUCACAAAGAAGUUGCGGAGUUAAUUCGCGCGUUUAAAGAACCUACUGAAACUAGCUAUAUAAUUGGUACUGAUUCAUUGCGAUCGUGGCGAAGAUUGGCUAUGGAAACUUUCCAAGAAGAUGUAGAACAAAAUGUAGACGAGUGUCAGGAUCCUCUUCAGGAGGACCCCAAAAAUCUGGAUAAAGAUCCCAAUGAUUCUCCGAAAGAAGUUGAGGAGAAUAAGGAAAACGAAAUUAUUAUAAACUUUAAUGAAGAUUUACUCUGCGAACACAAGUCUCUCAAAACGGCAGAUUCUAGUAGAAAAGUGAUACCCCAAGAGGCAUGGUCGAUUCUUAAGAAAUAUUUUCCGGACGCCAAUGAAUAUCCUGUUGGAUCGUCAUCCUGCUCAAUCUGCGAGGAGAAGAUGGAAAAUGCACAAAGAGCGAAGAAAGACGAUAAAAUAAAGGCGAAGCAACAGAAAGAUGAGCUCAUCGACUUGUAUUACGGAAAAAAUAGGAAUGAGAUCUCCAAAUGCAACAGUUCCGAGAAAUCGUUUUAUGUUGUCGAGAAGGGCUUUCUGGACAGCUGGCGUUCAUUCAUUCGGUAA